AUGCCUGUCCAAUUUUCAUCAUCAGUUACUUCAUAUCCGGCCCUAAGUUCCACUCCUCGAAUGAUGAAACACCAAUCAUCAUCCUCGAGUUUUGGUAAUAUAUCGGCCGUUGAAGAUAUGUCUCCUCCCGGAUUGAAUGAAAUCAAUGAAACUCCAAUCCAGAGAAGAACAAGAAGUGAGGGUGUCAGACCUUCUCAACUCUCUGCCUACAUGCCUAACGUAACAUCAACUUUUAUGACAGAGUUUGAUUUUCCACCACCAAUGCCAGUUGCUACAUCUUCCACUAAUUUGCUCGGAAAUAUGAAUUCAAUGAAUAAUGUUGGUGGGAUUGAUAUUCAUCAAUUGACGUACAAUAAGCAUAUUCUCUCUCAGCAUGAUGUCAAACAAAUUUUGAAGGUUUUUGCAAAUUAUGCCAAUAAGGAUGACCAAACCAAGUUGGAAUUGUGGGAUUUGAGAAAGGUUUUGAAAGAAUUGGAAACUCCCUUCAAUGAGGAUGAACUCUUCGAUUACAUUCAAGGAAUUCAGAUGGAAGAUUUUAUAACAAUUCAAGAAUUGGUUUCACUCAUUGAAAAUCAAAAGAAGCAAGAUAGACCAGUCCAUGACAAUGAAACUUUGAGUGCCUUUGUUGCUAUGGGAGGUAAUUUUGAUAGAACUGGUGUUAUUAGUACAGAGAAAUUGAAAGAUGCAGUUAUGGAGUUUGGUUUUACGGUAGACAUUGAGGCAAUCAUUAGAGAAGUGGAUGAAGAUGGAAAUGGAACGAUUGAUUUUGAUGAAUUCUAUCUAAUGAUUAAUAUGAAAGGAGGUGAGGAAGGUGAUGACGAGAGUGAUAUGGAAGAUAAGGAAGAGGAAGAUAUUGUCACUGAUGAAAGCAGAGGAGGUUUAACUUUGCAAAAUACUCAAAGUCAAGUACAAGAACAAACUGAAAAUGAGUAAUUGAUUGACCAAUAGUAAUAAUUUAUUAUUGGUUGAAUUAGCAAAUGAGUAAUGAUUCGUUGACUCUUUCGAGUUUGUCUAAAAAGUUACAAAGAGAUUCUUCCUUGACACAGACAUCAUACUUGAGUGCCAUGGUAAUAUUCACUUCGGUAAUGUUAAAUUGUUGGAAAUAUUUCUUAUACCUUUCGUUAGCAAGUGUUUGACUAUGUACACGCUCACUGCAACUAAGGGUUUGUUGAACUGGUACACUUCCAUCUUCUUUGACCAUGAGUAAUUCCAUGUCAUUCAUAUAGUUGAAGGCAUUAUCUAAAUUAAAAGCAUGGAAAAUUUGCUUGAAUUCAUUAACAGCCAUAUACUUGAAGAAGGUCUUAUUGUUGUAGUAGUUAUCUUCGUUGAUCUUGGAUGAAAUCAUCAAGCAAACAAAGAAAGUGUAAAUAAAGUUAGAAGGUUCAAUAUUUCCAAAGGCAGACUUUCUUUGGAAUUCAUUGAUCAAAUUAAAGUUAUUCUCGUCAGUGAUAAAAGUUGGGUUUUGGAGCUUGACCAUAAAGAAGAGUGCUGACAAGGUACAUCUGAAAUCAAUAUCAGCUCUGUCACACACAAUUGUGAUCAUUCUCUCCAAGAAGAGAGUUGUUUCAGGACUUCCAUUAAGGAAGAUCUGAUUGAUACAAUGAGAAACAAGCGAGACAGUUGAGAUUUGUCUUGAUUGUUGUCUAAAACUGAAAAGUUCAACAGAGUCUUCAGAAAACUUAAUUCUGUCCUUUGGCUUGUUUCUGGAGAGGAAGAUUUCCUUCUCAACCAUUCUUCUCAUCUCCUCAGAGUUGGAAAGAACUCCAUCUGGGCUUGAAGAAAGAUCAAUCUUACCAACUGAGCAUGGAGAACCAAAUGAAGACAAGCUGCACUCCCCAAAACCAAUUGAGGAUGUCGAUAUUUCUGAAUCAAAGUCGUCAUACAAAACCAUAUCUUCAUCAUCCUUGAGCUCUUCGUCGAGAACACUAUUGAUCAUUGAAUCAACAAUGUAUCUAUUGUUACCACCAGAGAUUGAUAUUGGUUGAGCAGACUUAUAGUAGAAGAGGCAUAGUUGAUUGGAGAUAACAAGGUGCCCUCAGAACUGGAAGAGGAGCUCAAACUGUGAUUGCUUUCUUGUUUUUGAGAGGACUUUCUGAUAGAGUCAAUGUUAAAGUCCAUAUCUUCGCUCAAACUUGGAGGGAAAACAAUUGGAGGAAGAUAAAAGCUAUCAAUCUUAUCCUUUUGUUGUUGCAUGGAAGAUGUCAAGGUUUGGGAUUUGAAUGCGGUUGGUCUACUUCUAAUUGAAUCAGAGUCGUGACUGUCAGAGAGUUGAGGAGCCUUCUUUGGAGCUGGUCUUGUAUUUUGGAAGGUACUCUCAUCAGUUUGCAUGCAAGCAUCGUGCUUAUUGUUUGUUGAGGUAGUUGGAGGAACAGAGUUGAUAAUUGAAUUAAUUCUGAGAGUUGCCUCAUUGUAACGUUGUUGAAUCUUGGCAAAAAUUUCUUCAUCUUCAUCAUCUUCUGAACUAGAUGGUGAGAGAAGGACACUCAUGAUUUGUCUCUUGGUUCUUUCUUGUGCUCUUUGAAUCUUAGUUGGUGACCACAUCCAAGCAGCUGAGCGAUUUUGAGAUAAGGUCUUGUAGCUAGCUUCUUGAUCAUCAUGUUCGACCAUUGUUGGUUCGAGAGCCUUUGAUGGCUUUCUUUCUACAACUUCACUCUUUUUUUCAGAAGGGUUAGUAUUCGAUGGUUGAUUAGAACUUGGUGUAAAACUGCUCCAAGAUCUUGUUCUCGAUUCUAAAGUAGAACCUGAAUUUUGAGGCAUUUGGCGUUGUUCUGACAAAUAGUCAUGCUCAGAAACAUCGCUCAUGUUGCUCAAAAUACUUGUGUUGGUACUCAAUCUUGAAACGUUAGAGGCUGCUGAACCAAUUGAGCUAAUGGAUGAGUUAACAGAGGUAUUGUUAGCGUUCAAAACGUGAUGCAUUAUUGUCUUUUCCGAGGUAUUGGAAGGGUAGUGGUGGUGAUAAUGCUUAUGAACUUGAUUGUUAGUGGUAGCGGUAGUAGUACUGGAAUACAUUGAGUCGUUACUGGUUUGAGGAUUUCUUGUAACAGUUUGUUGUUGUCUCAUCAAUGGCUUGGUUGUAGCAGCAUAGCUCUUGUGUUGGUUGAUUGGGAUUGGUUGUUGCAUAGCCAUGUUUUGAUUGGAAUUGGCUGGAUAUCUGUGUUGGUAAGCUUGUUGUUGUUGGUUGGUAUUGGUUGUCAUCAUUGGUUGUGAGUUGUUUGAAUUAGAGUAGUUUCUGUUUUGUGUUGUAUUAAUGGAAGGGAUUGAGGUCGAUGAUUUCAUUCCACCCUUAUAUGUUUGCUUGACAUAGGUUUGUUGUUGUGGUUGACUGUUUGAAUAUUGUACAGAGCUAUUGUUUGUGUAAAUUACAGUUGGAACUGAAGCGUUAGAAAUUGUUUGUUGUGAGCUUGGGUGAUAAACAUUAUUCAUGACACCAGAAUUUGCC